AUGCUCUUCACACUUUUGAUGCUGCUUAGUUUGUUAUUUGAGAUUAUUCCAGCUCAAUUCCAGGCCAAUUUCCAGUCAUGGUCUUCUAAAUAUGAAUGUUUCCUUGCACCCAAAGUUAGCCCUGCACUUUCGAAUUUUGCUUUGUCAGUUACGUUUGCCAGACUUGACUUAAAGCAUCGUGCACUUGGGAAUAGAUCUCCCCUGACGUCUUAUCAUUUACAUCGGAGGGAAUGUAUUAUUCUUGCUUUGCAAUUUUGCUGUAAGGAAGUUAUUCGACAACAGCUCCUCGGCCAAGACCGCUCAGCGAAAAAUUCCUGCCAAUAUCACAAGGUUGGGGUCAGGUUGUCAUUGACUGAAUUGCAUGGGCUUAUUGCACAGCCCAAAAAGAUGUCCUGUGCAAUGAAGUAUCACGGUAACACUCCGCAGGGAGAAACCCAAGGGAGGAGUCUAAAAGAGAGUGUAUAUCCUAAACGACUGACGCAGAAGCAACCCUAUCAUUCAAACUUUGAAGCGUUUAGUCCACAACAUUACCAAGAGGUCAAAAUGAGCACAUCGGUAACGCCUUCAAAUACAUCUCUCAUCACUUCUUCCACAGAGAUCGGCACAACAUCCUUCAAAGGCCUCAAAUCAACCCAAUCUCCCACCGCCGAUAAAUUUACACGUCGUUCCGCCCGAGCUUCUGCAUCAGGCUCUAGAACUCGCCCAACAUCUCCUUCAAAUUCCAACAUCCAGAAUUGGCGCAUGUAUCUCUCAUCUCUGGGUCUUCGCCCACCGGCCUCAAAGCCGCACUUUCAACGGCUGCACAAGAGGCAAACCCUAAGAUCCCACCCCUACCGGAGAGGUACAGGCACUUCCCGUCCGAGCUUGGACACAAAGUAUACGGUGAAUGGUAUUGCCCGCUUAGAUAUCAAGCGCAAGAUUGAGAUGGAAAGAAGGACUUUCAGUUUCUUCAAUGCGCCAUUUGCGGGGAUCAUGCAGAGUUUAUUGCUAGCAUUGACGGCGCAAGGGUUUGGGAGCCGUGUGGACGUUUCGGUGGUAGGUUCUGAAGAUGUGCUGAGGAAGGAGUUAGGCAUCCGCGAUGAGUUUGGUGCACUUUGUGGGAUGGCGAUUAGGUAUGAAGACAAGGGGGAGAGCGUAAAGGGACUGAGAGGCGAUCAUGGGAGAGUUUCGAGGAGGGAAUUUGACUUCACUGUAUCCAGUUCAUGCACGAAACAGUUGAAGAGAGUUUGGAGUCGACUGAAGUAUGUUCCUUUCAACGACCUUAUCUCAGCAAGCUCAGACGGGAUGGGGAGAGAGCCUUGA